GAUAGCGCAAUCGAUUUUAAAUCCACCUCUAGUGGGCGCAUUUUGUGAUACAGUUUUUCCCUGAUAAAGAAGCAUGCACAGCAUGAAGGUGGAUCUGUCGAAUUUUUUCAAGGAUGAACGCCGGCAAUCUCUAGUAUUUAUCGAUGCAACAUGGCAAAACAUCAAAGACGUGCAAGAUCAUAUUCAAAACCUUUUCAGCUUGGACAACAUAAGCCUCCUUACCACAGAUGGAUGCUUUUUGCCUCCGAGAGAGUCUAUUAAAGUUCUCAAAUCUGCCGAAGGACUCAAAGCCUUUAAGUUCGCGCAAAAUGACAAGGACAUUUUUGUGAGUCCUGCUCCAGUGAAAUCUAGCAAGCGGAAGAAUCGUUCGUCCGAUGAAGAGGUUCACCUUUCCGCCUCGACUCCACUCCGUCCAUCAAAGCGCUCCAAAAACCAAAGCGAAAAAAAGUGGAAUGAAAUCGUCAAAGACACAUCUUGUGUUAGACCGGAGGACCAGAAGGAGGACGUUCCUGGACCUUCUGUCCAGUCAAAGCGUUCUAAGAAAAAGGGUCAAUCCAAGUCUCCUGAUAUUGGGGCAGAAAUUACUUAUGUGUCAGCUGAAGAAGAUGCACCUCAGAAGCGUUCUAAAUCGAAGAACCAUUCAAAGUUGUCAGAGGUUCCAGAACAAACAAUUGAUUUAAAGGAUAAGAAGAGCCACUCGCCUAAGUCUCCUACCAAAACAGUUCUUCCUCCGCUGGAAGAAGUCGAAGUUGUAGAGGAAGAGGAACCAGCCAAAGAAAAGACCCUGUCCAAAUCCCCUAAUAUUCCGUCUGAAACGUCUCAGUUAACAGAGAAGAAUCUCAAGAAGCAAAAAUAUUCCAAAAACAUGGGAAAUAAAAACAAAUCGCUUAAAUUUCCUGCCAAUUCAAUUGAACUGGAAGAGGAAGAAUCUACCAGUCCAACGAUUUUAUAUCGUUGCCCUCUCUUGGAGCUGGACUCCAACGUUGCACGAGUAUUCGAAUUCCCAAAACAAACAGACGAAGUUAGAAUUAUAGAAAAUAUAAUACUUGAACCCAUUGAUACACGUUUUUUGCCGCAGAAAGAAACUGAGAAAGAGUUUACUGCUAAUGGCUUUAAAGAUAAAGAAAUAGUUGAUGAAAAGGAAUCAAUGGUACUCGACAACAUACAAGUUCCAGAAAAAUCAUGCCGAGCAUCCUCAAUUGAUGAAGACGAAGUCACACUUCCAAAAGAUACAACUUCAGCUGAGAUCACCUUACCAGAAGAAUCAACAAAUGCUGAAAUUACAACAGAAGCGGAAGCCCUUCUUCCAGACAUUUCAAUUGAAGCUGAAAGAGCAAGUGUAGAUGAAGUAACUCGCCCUGAAAAUUCUAUUACAAAUGAAUCAAUUCUUCCUGGCAAUACAACUGGGGCAUCAGAUUCGCCAUUAGACAAGUCCAAUACCGAUACAAUUCUUCCAGACGAUGUUAAAAUAUCCAUAAAUAAAAGUGAGGUUGAUUCUGAAAAUAUAAAACAUUCUCCAGUCCGGAUUUGCGCUGAAAAUUUAGUCUCAGAUUCCGACGACGACGUGAUGUUGGUAGAUGACUCAAAUAUGGAUACUUCCGGAUCAGAUUCUGAUGUGGAGUCUGUUCCACCCCCGAAUAAUAAGGAGUCUUCAGAUAUUAUUUCGGAUCUUCUGCGGAAUGCCACUUCGCUAAGCGACCUUCCGACCAAAGGUGACACAAUUGUUUUUAAGCUGCAGAAGGUCAAGGGAAACCCGAGAUCAGGAGCAACGGACUUUAUCGCCGGCAACGUCACCUACAUAAAUCGGCGUACAAAAGUCAUCACUUUAGAAACAAUUAGCAGCCCUUCUGGAAUCGGACGUAUAUUGCGCCAAUACAGUGCACCGAUGGGUUUCGACGAUUCUUCUGAUGAAGUGCGUCCUUUAAAUGUUCAGCUCAAAGACAUAAUAGAAGGCAAAAUAGUUGUAGCCACAAUCGACUGAUUAUGUGUACAUUCUUGUAUUCUACUUCCAGUGCAAAUCGUCGGCCUCGUCGCCGGUUUUUACGCGCAGCAAGAGAGAUGUAGCCUUGGUGUCCUCCGGCGUUGGCACGCAGACCAUCAUCACGUUA